CAGUUACUGGGCAGCCAGAGAAGCAAAGCACAGAAGAGUUGGAAGCAGGUAACAAGGAAAGAAAAUAACGAUAGAUAAGAGAGAAGGACAAGAAUACUCAAAAGGAAUGAAUAAUAUGGAACAAAGAGCCAUAAUGUCACCUGGAAAGACCUUCCUGAAGAUAGCAGCUGAGGAGUGGGUACCCUGGACCAAGAUUGUCACUGAAGACGAUGGAAGAGUAAUGAUCUUAGGCCCCAUGGCUGACUUACUUGAGAUCUUUGCUGCCAAGAUGAACUUCAGCUACGAGCUGAUCCGGCCUUCAGACCGUGUGUGGGGAGGACCUCAACCGAACGGGUCCUGGACCGGCAUGCUGGGUAUGCUGCAGAGGCAGGAAGUGGAGUUGGCAAUCGGCCCAUUCGGAGUGACAGAUCUACGGGAGACCGUGUGUGACUUCUCAGUGCCUGUCUACAGCGAAAACAACGCCAUUCUAAUGGUUCGUCCUACUCUGCAUAACGAUAUCGCUGGCUUUCUUAAGCCUUUCGUAACUGAGAUAUGGGUGUUGACACUGGUGAGCAUGUUAAGUGUGGUAGGGGCACUGACACUGCUGGUCAGGGCAGAGGACAAGAUCUACAACCUUAGUACAAGCGACACCCUCGCUAAGACUGCUAUAUGGUCACUUAAGACCAUCACACAAGAAGGGGCUAAGUGGCUCCCCAAAAAGGACGCUGGUCGCCUGAUAGCGACCACGUGGCUUCUGGCGUCCUUUGUGUUCACGUCCUGCUACAGUGGCAUCCUCACGGCCAUGCUGACGGUGCCUCGGGUCACCAUCCCCAUAGACUCCCUGGCGGACCUGGUGGCCCAGACUCACCUGCCCUGGCGGCUGGAGGCUGGCUCCAUGAUGUAUCAGUAUUUCAAGGAGUCUGGGGAUGAGGUGAGGCGAAAGGUGUUCAGAGGCGUCUCUGGCGUUUUCCCUGACUGUUGGGCAGCGCGGGAAGAUAUCGCUAAGGGGAAGUUCGCUGCCAUCUGCGACAAGACCACUAUGAAGAAGGCCAUGUCCUGGGACUUCAGCACGAGCGGCAAGUGUCAUCUGUACAUCUCCAGCGAGAGAGUCUACAGCAACGCACUUAUCUCCAUGGCUUUCACUACCAACUCCACCUACCUCGCUAGAGCAAAUCAAAUCAUCUUCACCGUGAAGGAGUCUGGCCUCCUUGACAAGUGGCUGGGAGCCCAGCUCACGAACACCAGCCAAUGCCUCAGGCCCCCGACCUCUGACCAAGGGGCCGGAAUCGCUUCUCUCACCGUCGAAGUCUUCUUAGGCCCAUUUCUUGUGUUGGCCGCAGGUAUUCAUCUAUCAAAGUUGGGGGUAUUCGUGUGA